AUGGGAACCCGGGGUGGAGCCCGCUGCAGGUGCGGGAGGGGUGAUUCUCCCUCUUGGCUUUGGCCCCUUCCUCCUGCAGGCGCGGUGCAGAUGCUGUCCACCACAGUUAUCGGGUGUGUGAAAACCCUCGUUCCUUGCUGUUUAUAUCAGCACAAGGCCCGGCUUUCCUACCCACCCAACUUCCUUAUGACGAUGCUGUUUGUGGGUCUGAUGAGGUUUGCAACUGUGGUUUUGGGUUUGGUCAGCCUGAAAAAUGUGGCGGUUUCAUUUGCUGAGACGGUGAAGAGCUCCGCCCCCAUCUUCACAGUGAUCAUGUCUCGGAUGAUUCUAGGGGAGUACACAGGGCUGCUGGUCAACCUCUCCCUCAUCCCAGUCAUGGGCGGGCUGGCGCUGUGCACGGCCACUGAGAUCAGCUUCAACGUCCUGGGGUUCUCGGCCGCGCUGUCCACCAACAUCAUGGACUGUUUGCAAAAUGUUUUUUCGAAAAAGCUUCUCAGCGGGGACAAAUACAGGUUCUCGGCCCCGGAGCUGCAGUUCUACACCAGUGCCGCCGCGGUGGCCAUGCUCGUCCCGGCCCGGGUCUUCUUCACGGAUGUCCCAGUGAUCGGGAGGAGCGGGAAGAGCUUCAGCUACAACCAGGACGUGGUGUUGCUGCUUCUGACAGAUGGAGUCCUGUUCCACCUUCAGAGCGUCACGGCCUACGCCCUCAUGGGGAAGAUCUCCCCUGUGACAUUCAGCGUCGCCAGCACCGUGAAGCAUGCCUUGUCCAUCUGGCUCAGCGUCAUCGUUUUUGGCAACAAGAUCACCAGCUUGUCAGCAGUCGGCACAGCCCUAGUGACAGUUGGGGUCCUGCUCUACAACAAGGCCAGGCAGCACCAGCAGGAGGCGCUGCAGAGCCUGGCUGUGGCCACCGGCCGGGCCCCAGAGGACACGGUGGAGCCGCUGCUUCCACAGGACCCCAGGCAGCAUCCCUGAGAGCAGGAAGCUGCCAGCUGCUGCUGUUCUCGUGACACUGCAUCCCCCGGAAACGGAUAGGGACGCCCUCCUCCAUGGCCCUGCUGGGGUGCUGGACACGGGGAGCUAAGUCAGCCAUUCCCUGAGGUUUUCUGGGUUUGCCAGUGAAGACCAGCGGAAACUCAAACUGGGGAUUCCAGGUAUCAGCUUCCUGGAGUGGAGACCAGAGCCCCCUGUCAGCUGAGCCCAUGCCCGUGUAAUGUGAAAACAGCCUCUGCGGCUCCCAUGCUGGGGGUGCCCACUUCCUCUCCGGGUAGCACCCCAGGGUCCACCGGGAGCCAGGGCUGGGUCCAGUGCCAACGAGAGCUGCUCCCCGCUACAGCCAAGAGAGCACUCAGCUUCCCACACCAGCCAUCGAAGGCCCUGAGCCCUGGACUGGCUGCAGAUUGGCCCUGGGCAUGAGGCCACAGAGCAGGGCUGACGGGCAGGGACAGAGGGCCCUGGAAGGAGGGGUCUCCUGCUGCCACAGUGGGCAAUCAGAACUCCUCACCUGACCCACCAGGGCUGUGGGCAUCCUCAGACUAUCCCAGAGUCAUCGCGAGCCUCAAGCUACAGCAUUGCAUGGAAAUCAAGGGCUAUGACCACGGAGGCCAUUCCGUCGCUUCUGUGAAGAGGAAGGCCCCCGUACCCCUUCCAC